AUGGCGCCCGGAACUAAUCCGCGCAACGGCCCUCCAUCCCCGGCCCUUACCGCGACGUCCUCAGCCUCCAACACAACGUCCUCAACCUCCAACGCAGCUUCCUUAACCUCCAACACAACGUACUCAACCUCCAGCGACCCGCCAAAGCAGAGGCGCGCGAGGACAAGCAAGCCCAAAGUCAAGACUGGCUGCAACAACUGCAAACAGCGGAGGAUAAAAUGCGACGAGAAACGGCCGGCCUGCACGCAAUGUGUGCGCUCCAAAAAGGAUUGUUCUGGUUAUCCACCUCCUCCUCGGAGCGCGCGACCAUUCGAGGAGACACCCGUUGUGCAGCAAAAUUCAAUGACCCUCUACAGGCCCUCGACUGCCCCAUUCCCUGAGCAGGAUGGCCUUUAUUUCCAGCUGUUUCAGGCCCACACUGCCAACGAGUUGUCUGGCUAUUUCGAUUCCACUUUUUGGUCACGCCUAGUUUUGCAGGAGUGUCACUCCGAAGCUGCUGUACGCCAUGCUGUCGUGGCGCUGGGCGCCUUGUACAAAACGUUAGAGAAGCAUUGUGAGUCUCCGCCAAGCUCGCCGGCGGCAGCAGCAGUCGUUGCCGUUGACAGCGCGUGGCAACAUUGGGAGGUGGCAGUCCGUUCAUAUUCCAAUGCCCUCACGGCUUUGUUUAGCGUCGAUGGGCAGGACAGCACCGCCAACAGGACACGUCUCAUGGCCAGUGUUUUGUUGGCAUGCUUCGACUCCUUCAUAGGUGAUCACAAACAGGCCAUCAAACAAAUCCAGAUGGGUUUAGGUCUCUUGGAGCAGUUACGUGCACAAAGAAGGCGUGCUUUUCUUUCGAGACCAGAAGAGCCUGUCGAAGACGAAAUCAUUCAAAUGUUCACUCGGUUGGCGAUACAAGCCAAGUCAUACGACAUGGCCUUCCACUUCCCGAAACCAUACGUCAUUCAGCUAAUACAACCUUCCACGGAUCCGUCUUCGCCUUCAUCGGAGGGGGGCUCACCUUUGUCCUUGCAUCAAGACCCUAUUCCCGACCAAUUUGACUCGCUCCAUGAGGCACGGAUCGCGUGGGAUACACUGUGUGAGCAGAUGUUCAGAUUUACCGAAAGGCUCUUCGCGCAGGCCAGCCAGGACGGCCCAAUGGGAGUCCUGCCUGCAAGUUUGCGACAGUACGGGCUGUCUUUCAGAGGUCGCAUAGAGGCUUGGGCGGAUGCAUUUGAGCACAUCUUGAGCGCGAGAUCCUCCCCAGGCGUCAGCAGCCAGGAGAAAGCGGCUAUCGCUGUUCUCAAAAUGUUUCAGAUCAUGGGUCAGGUUCUUUUCCUCAUGACAUUCAGCGACAGCGAGCAGCACUUUGACGUGUUCCAGCCUCAGUUCAAAACGAUAGUCGACCUUGGUCUUGAGGUAGUGGGAGACGAAGAGCGACGAGCAGCGGAAAAGAGAUGCCCCGAUCCUCGAACAUGCCACCAUCACAAUUCUCAUGAGCCAGACAUUUUUGGCGGACAGUCGUACAUGGCCAACCAUAUCAAACCGAGCUUCAGCGCUGAUCUCGGCAUUGUGCCGCCGCUCUAUGUUGUGGCGACCAAAUGCCGCAAUCCGGUCCUCAGGAGACAGGCUAUUCAGCUGCUGCGUAGCAGCUCCAGGAGAGAAGGCAUGUGGGACAGCGAGCUUACGGCUCGAAUUGGCAUGUGGAUCAUGGACAUCGAAGAGGAAGAAGAGCAUCCCAUCAUGACCCCUGGUCGGAGCCCUGCAGACUCGUUCUCAGACGCAAGUGGACUAUCUCCUCAAGCCUCGAGCACCAACGGCAUGUCGCCCAAACCCCGACAUGCCAACGGCUCAGUCGAGCUAGGUGAAAAUCUCGGCCCUGGUGGCAAUGCACGCUGGGAUAUGCGGCGCGCAUCAACAGCAAGUUCUGCAACCCCCCAGAGGACCGUUCCCGAGAACAAGCGGGUCAUGGUUAAGGCCGUCGAGUUCGACCUCAAGAAGCACAGCGCCGUCCUGCAGUGUGGCAGCAGGAGCACUGCUGCCGGAAGCCCCGACUUGAAAACCCUCCAAGACUUGCCUUACUGUUCUUGUGUUCUCAACGUCUCAUGGCCCGAAAAUGACUCGGAUGGUGACGGCUACCAGCUUCCCACAGGAGGCUCCGGAUCCCGGGUGGCACGGCGGGACGAGAUCAGGCCCGGCUCCGCUCGGCUGCGCCAGAUCUGCGAGCUUUGA